AUGAAUAGCUCCUUCAGUUCUCACCUCAAAAUUUUGCUUUUUGGUUUCUUCGUAACCAGCCUUUAUCAAGCAGUUUCUGAAGUUUACAUCGAUGGUGGGAAGGGCUUGAAGCGGGACAAAGUCAACAAUGUUGCCUUCGGUAACUUUGCUGUACAUAAAUUUUUCUAUCUUAGUUUGCCACCUCUGGUGUCUACUUCAGUCAAAGAUGUGGGAGACUGUGCCAGGCUUUGUGUGGAUAAUUUAGCGUGUUUCUCGGUUAACUUUGCGGUGAUGCGUGAUCAAGAUGGGAAUAUAACGUGUGAAGUAUUACCAAGCGAUAAAUACAAUAACUCCGGCCAUUUUAAUCAUAGCGCUAUGUUUCAUCAUUUAAGUAUAAAGAAUCCUUGUUCCAGCGGUCCUUGCUUGAACAAUGCAACUUGUGUGGCAAAGUACGAAGAUGAUGAUUAUCAGUGCGCAUGUGUGCCUGGAUUUUAUGGAAGGCAGUGCGAAAAUAUAGUUGACUGCCGUGACAUGAGGAAACGAGCUCCUUCCCAGGGAGAUGGUAUGUAUUGGUUGGACCCGGAUGGAGGAAGCCAUUCCAAUGCAUUCCUGGCCUACUGUGAUAUGACCUUAUACAAUGGAGGAUGGACCAUGUGUUAUACUACCGAUGAAUAUGUCCAGCCGAAGACUGAAGUCACAUACAACGCUAAGUUUCCUUAUGGAAGUGACGGCUACAGGACGAACUGUAAUGAUAUAUCGUUUACAGAAAUCAUCUUCGUUGAUCACCAAACUAGAGGAACGGCUUACUUCAAGCGCCGCACUGGUCAGUCCAUUAGAGCCUCUCUUAAUUAUGGGAAACAGGCAAACACAUAUGGACUAUGGGACGGUGUAGGAACAAACAACGCCUACUCCUACCAACUGCUGAUCUGCGACACAUCAUUUUACAGCGGUUUCUUCGUGUCAGGUUACACGGGAAAUUGUUACAAACAUUGUAACACAUGGUGCGCAGACUUGUAUUCGCCAUACUUCCGUACGACUUCCACUGGGGACAAUUACAAAGGCGUGGCCUUCAAUAUAAACGGACAUCGCACAGUAAAUUACAGACUGAUAAGUGUCGGUCUGCGCUGA